GUCACCGGUAGCUGACGUUUCUUGCAUUCGUGGUGUGUCCGUUAUUUGCGUGUUUUACGUGUUUUUAACUGUGUACCCCCAUGGGGGACUCUUUGGAAGGGAGUGAAUCGACUCCCGAGCCAGAAAAUGUGGCAAUCGUCGAUUUCAACGACUUUACUAAUUUUAUAACGAAAGCGGCCACUGUACUCUUACCGGAAGACAACCAGUGGGAACUUACCAACCUUCGGGCGGCUCUUGACGACAAAUCCAACCAAGACACCAUCAGGAAGUUUCUCAGCGAUCCCCAAGUUUCUAUUCUCUAUAUCCAGAGAAAUCCAUCCAAAGACGAUGACAGCGACCAACCCCCUGAGGGUGAAGAAGAGAAAGAACCGGUCACUUUUUACAUCAGCAAUGAGGUCCACUAUUCCAAUUCAAAAAUGUUCAGUUUGGUUUGCAUCAAACGAGGGGCUGUCAUUGAAGCAGAUAAGAGCAUUCGGGCGCAAGUGCGCCUCAUGAAUUUCAGCGAUGGCUCGCCUUACGAGAUUCUCCAUUCUUACAUCAGCAAAACAGUGGCCCCAUUUUUCAAAUCCUACGUCAAGGAGUCGGGCAGAGCCGAUCGCGAUGGUGAUAAGAUGGCACCCUCUGUUGAAAAAACAAUCGCGGAGCUCGAAAUGGGGCUUUUGCAUUUGCAACAAAACAUUGAUAUUCCUGAAAUUACCCUUCAAGUCCAUCCAUACGUUGCUAGUUUGAUUAAACAAUGCGCUGAUGAAGGCCGUAAACCGAAAGUAGCCGAUUUCAGCGAUAAAGUUGAGGAUUCGAAUUUUCUGAAUCAGUUGCAACACGGGGUUAAUCGCUGGAUUAAGGAGAUUCAGAAAGUGACGAAAUUGGACCGGGAUCCGUCAUCAGGGACCGCUUUACAGGAAAUUAGUUUUUGGUUGAAUUUGGAGAGAGCGUUGCAUCGGAUUCAAGAGAAGAGGGAGAGUAUGGAGGUUGCUUUGACUUUGGAUAUUCUCAAACAUGGAAAGAGGUUUCAUGCAACAGUGUCUUUUGACACAGACACAGGAUUGAAACAGGCCAUAGCCACCGUUAAUGACUACAAUCCGUUGAUGAAGGACUUCCCAAUCAACGACUUACUAUCAGCAACGGAAUUAGAGCGGAUUAGAGCAGCCGUUCAAUUAAUUUUUGCCCAUCUCCGAAAAAUAAGAUCAACAAAGUACCCAAUUCAGCGUUGUCUACGUCUCGUCGAAGCAAUUUCUCGCGAUUUGGGUGCCCAAUUACUGAAAGUUUUGGGUACUAGACGCUUGAUGCACAUUCCAUUCGACGAAUUCGAGAAAGUGAUGACCCAAUGUUUUGAUGUAUUUACUAUUUGGGAGGAUGAAUAUGAAAAACUUCAAGCUUUACUUCGAGACAUCAUUAAGAAGAAGCGGGAUGAACAAAUGAAAAUGGUCUGGCGGAUUUCAGCCCAACACAAGAAGCUUCAAAGUCGCAUGGAACACAUGCGGAAAUUCCGCCGUCAACACGAACAACUUCGUACUGUUAUAGUUCGAGUUUUGCGACCUUCGGUGCGAGAUGCUGCAGCCCCUGUAGAAGGAGAAGAUUUGGAUCAGUCUAAACCGACCCUGUCGUUGGAUGCGGCCGACGCUAAUGCCAUCGAGGAAGUUAAUCUGGCUUACGAAAAUGUGAAAGAAGUCGAUUGUUUGGAUAUUUCUAAAGAAGGGCAGGACGCCUGGGAUGCAGCUGUCCAACGAUAUGAAGAACGUAUUGAUAGAGUUGAAACUCGCAUCACUGCACAUCUUAGAGACCAACUUGGAACAGCUAAGAAUGCCAAUGAAAUGUUCAGGAUUUUUUCGCGCUUUAAUGCACUUUUCGUACGACCACAUAUCCGCGGGGCUAUUAGGGAGUACCAAACUCAUUUGAUUCAAAGAGUUAAAGAUGAUAUCGAAGCUCUGCAUGAGAAAUUUAAGGUACAAUACCCUCAAAGUAAUAGCGCUCGAAUCAGCAAAGUUCGCGAUUUGCCACCAGUCGCCGGUUCAAUCAUUUGGGCAAGACAGAUUGACCAUCAAUUGACAACUUACUUGCGACGAGUUGAAGACGUUUUAGGAAAAGGUUGGGAAAAUCACAUCGAAGGUCAGAAACUGAAAGCUGACGGUGAUAGUUUUCGAGUGAAGUUGAAUACGCAGGAAAUUUUUGAUGAUUGGGCGCGCAAUGUGCAACAGCGCAAUUUAGGAGUGACUGGUCGUAUUUUUACGAUCGAAGCUGUGCGUUCGAGAAGUGGACGCGGGAAUGUUUUGAAGUUGAGAGUUAAUUUUCUACCGGAGAUUAUCACUUUGGCGAAAGAAGUGCGAAAUUUGAAAUGUCUAGGGUUUAGAGUGCCGUUAGCGAUUGUUAAUAAGGCACAUCAAGCUAAUCAGUUGUAUCCAUUUGCGAUUUCGUUGAUUGAAAGUGUGAGGACCUACGAAAUGACUCUGGAAAAGCUCUCAAACAGGAUUAGCGCUCAAGGCGGUACCAAGAUUGAAGACAAAGCCAGUAUCAUCCCUCUUGUCGCCGGAAUGCGCAAAGAAGUACAACAACUCAUCGCUGAAGGCAUCCAACUCGUCUGGGAGAGCUAUAAACUCGAUCCCUACGUCCAACGCCUCUCUGAUACCGUUGUCAGUUUUCAAGAACGCGUUGAAGAACUCGUCAUCGUUGGCGAGCAACUUGAAGUCGAUGUGAGGUCACUUGAGACUUGUCCCUACUCAGCCAACACUUUUGCUGAUAUUUUAUCGAAAAUACAACAUGCUGUUGACGAUUUAUCACUAAAACAGUAUUCCAACUUGCACAUUUGGGUCAAUAGAUUGGAUGAAGAAGUCGAGAAGAAUUUAGCUAGGCGUCUGCAAGCCGGUAUUGAGGCCUGGACUGAUGCUCUCAAUGGCCAAAAGAAGGAAAUUGAUCAUAGUAUGGAUACGGAUGCUCCGACUCAACCGACACACAAACCAGGAGGUGAUCCGCAAAUUCAGGUUGUGGUACACGAAGUGAGGAUUACGAAUCAAACCAUGUAUUUGUACCCGAGUAUUGAAGAGGCGAGGUUCCAAAUUAUGCAACAGUUGUUUGCUUGGGAGGCGAUUGUUAUGUCGCAACAGAGGUUACAAAGUAGUCGGUAUCAAGUUGGGGUCGAUAAGCCGGUUGCAGAAACCUAUAGAAACAUUUUAACGAAAUUACCGAAUCUAUCAGUACCUUUGGAAAAUGCCUACAGUGCUAUUGCUUCUAAAAUUAAAGAGAUUCAGAAUUAUGUCAACGAAUGGUUGACUUACCAGUCAUUAUGGGACUUACAAGCUGAUAAUCUUUAUGGCAAGUUGGGUGAUGAUAUAAGUAAAUGGAUGGAGUGUCUUAAUGAUAUUAAAAAGACUCGUACCACGUUUGAUACGUCGGAUACAAGACGUGAAUUUGGUCCAGUCGUUAUAGACUUUGCUAAAGUCCAAAGUAAAGUCUCACUUAAGUACGACUCGUGGCACAAAGAGACUUUGAGUAAGUUUGGAAGUCUCUUGGGUAACGAAAUGGUUACUUUCCAUUCGAAUGUCUCAAAAUCACGUUCCGAUCUUGAGUUGCAAAGUAUCGAAGCUGCGAGUACCUCAGAUGCGGUCUGUUUCAUCACUUAUGUGCAACAGUUGAAACGCAGUAUGAAAGCUUGGGAAAAACAAGUCGAGGUUUACCGCGAAGGUCAGAGAAUCCUUGAACGACAACGUUUCCAGUUUCCCACCACUUGGCUUCACGUUGAAAACUUAGAAGGCGAAUGGAGCGCUUUUAACGAAAUCAUCAAACGCAAAGAUUCUUCUAUCCAAACCCAGGUUGCAAGUCUGCAGCAGAAAAUCGUUUCGGAGGAUAAAGCCGUCGAGAGUCGCACUAACGAUUUCUUGAAUGACUGGGAGAGGAGUAAACCGGUCGAAGGUCACCUUAAACCUGACGAUGCUUUGACUCAAUUGCAACUCUUUGAAAGCAAAUUCGCUCGACUUAAAGAAGAACGCGAUAAUGUUGCUAAAGCCAAAGAGGCUUUGGAGUUGCAAGAACCCGGAGGUGUAAGUACCAGCGAAGACCGGAUGCAAGUCGUGUAUGAAGAAUUGCAAGACUUGCGAGGGGUCUGGUCCGAAUUAUCGAGGAUUUGGACUCAAAUCGAUGAAACAAGAGAAAAGCCGUGGUUAUCGGUGCAACCUCGUAAGUUGCGACAACAGCUAGACGCCAUGAGUGCACAAUUGAAGGAACUUCCGGCCAGGUUGCGUCAAUAUGCAUCCUACGAGUACGUUAAAAAGACACUCAAUAAUUAUACGAAAGUCAAUAUGUUGAUUGUUGAAUUGAAAUCGGACGCUUUGAAAGAACGUCAUUGGAAACAACUGAUGAAACAGUUGAGAGUCAAUUGGGUGUUGUCGGACUUAACUUUGGGUCAAGUCUGGGAUGUGAAUUUGCAGAAGAACGAAUCUAUAGUCAAGGAUAUUAUCUUGAUUGCACAGGGAGAGAUGGCGCUGGAAGAAUUCUUGAAACAAGUACGCGAGUCUUGGCAAACAUACGAACUCGACUUGAUCAACUACCAAAAUAAAUGUAAACUGAUCCGUGGCUGGGAUGAUUUAUUUAACAAAGUUAAGGAACAUAUUAAUUCAGUCGCCGCGAUGAAGUUGUCUCCGUAUUACAAAGUAUUUGAAGAGGAAGCUUUGACUUGGGAAGAAAAAUUGAACCGGAUUAAUGCUCUCUUUGAUGUAUGGAUCGACGUGCAGAGACGUUGGGUCUAUCUCGAAGGGAUUUUCUCUGGAAGUGCCGAUAUUAAAACUUUGCUUCCAGUUGAAACUUCCCGUUUCCAAAGUAUCAGUUCUGAGUUUUUGGGUCUGAUGAAAAAAGUGAGUAAAUCGCCGAUGGUGAUGGACGUUUUGAAUAUCCCAGGCGUGCAACGUGCCCUUGAACGUCUUGCUGAUUUACUGGGGAAGAUCCAGAAGGCUUUGGGCGAGUACUUAGAGCGUGAGCGUACCUCCUUCCCCCGAUUCUAUUUCGUUGGUGAUGAAGACUUGUUGGAAAUCAUUGGUAAUAGUAAAAAUAUUGCCCGGUUGCAGAAACAUUUCAAGAAAAUGUUUGCCGGAGUUGCUGCCAUUAUUCUAAAUGAGGAUAACACUGUUAUUACUGGUAUUGCGUCACGAGAGGGCGAAGAAGUCAAUUUUUGUACUCCUGUGAGUACGGUCGAACAUCCGAAAAUCAAUGAGUGGCUGACUUUGGUCGAAAAGGAAAUGCGUGUUACUUUAGCCUCGAGUUUAGCUCAGGCCGUCCAAGAUAGUAAACAGUUCAAAGAUGAGAUUGAUCCUAAACAGUACAUGCAAUGGGUGGAUAAAUACCAAGCCCAGAUUGUGGUACUUGCAGCUCAGAUUUUGUGGAGCGAGGAUGUGGAAGCAGCUUUGGUGAAAAUGAACGGAGAGCCUCAGAAAGGUGUUCUCGAGAAGGUUUUGCAACAGGUUGAGAAAACCUUGACUGUACUCGCUGAUUCGGUAUUGCAAGAACAGCCGUUGUUGAGACGUAAAAAACUAGAACAUUUGAUUAAUGAGUUUGUUCAUAAGCGGACUGUGACUAGACGUUUGAUCGCGAAUGGAGUUUGUGGUAACAAAGCGUUCCAAUGGUUGUGCGAAAUGAGGUACUACUUUGAUCCUCGCCAAACCGAGGUUUUGAAACAAUUGACGAUACAUAUGGCCAAUGCUAAAUUCUACUAUGGAUUUGAGUAUCUCGGGGUUCAAGAUAGAUUAGUGCAGACUCCUUUGACCGAUCGGUGUUAUUUGACGAUGACUCAAGCUCUGGAAGCACGUCUUGGAGGUUCUCCAUUUGGUCCUGCCGGUACUGGUAAAACUGAAUCAGUGAAAGCACUCGGGAAUCAGUUAGGACGUUUUGUUCUCGUAUUCAAUUGCGAUGAAACGUUUGAUUUCCAAGCGAUGGGACGAAUUUUUGUCGGUUUGUGUCAAGUGGGCGCGUGGGGUUGCUUCGAUGAAUUUAAUCGUUUGGAAGAGAGGAUGUUGUCAGCGGUGUCGCAACAAGUUCAAACCAUACAAGAGGCGUUAAAGUCACAGAAGGAAAGAGAAUUGGAUGAAAAUGCUGCGACUGGAAGUAUUACCGUGGAACUAGUGGGAAAACAAGUACGAGUCUCACCCGACAUGGCGAUUUUCAUUACAAUGAAUCCGGGUUACGCCGGCCGCUCCAACUUACCUGAUAAUUUAAAGAAGUUAUUCAGGUCCUUAGCUAUGACUACUCCAGACAGGCAAUUAAUUGCCGAAGUGAUGCUUUUCUCUCAAGGGUUCCGUACUGCCGAGAAACUUGCGUCUAAGAUUGUACCGUUUUUCAAAUUGUGUGAUGAACAACUCUCCAACCAAUCACAUUACGAUUUCGGUUUGCGAGCACUCAAGUCAGUUUUGGUCUCUGCCGGUAAUGUAAAACGUGACCGAAUUCAAAAAAUUAAAGAAGGAAUGAAACAACGAGGCGAAACUAACAUUGAUGAGGCCGGUAUUGCGGAGAAUUUACCAGAACAGGCAAUUUUGAUUCAGUCGGUUUGCGAAACGAUGGUUCCGAAGUUAGUGGCUGAGGAUAUUCCGUUGCUGUCAAGUUUGUUGAAUGAUGUGUUCCCGAAUGUACAAUAUACGCGGGCAGAAAUGAAAGGUUUGAAAGACGAGAUCCGCAAAGUUUGUCAAGAAGAGUUCUUAGUGUGUGGCGAAGGCGAUGAGCAAGGCUCGGCCUGGAUGGAGAAGAGAACUUUAGUUGGAGAGACAUGGGUUCAAAAGGUGCUCCAAUUGUAUCAAAUUUCAAAUCUCAAUCACGGUUUGAUGAUGGUGGGCCCCAGUGGCUCCGGUAAAAGCACAGCUUGGAGAGUCCUGCUUAAAGCCUUGGAACGGUUUGAAGGCGUCGAGGGUGUUGCCCAUGUUAUCGACCCCAAAGCUAUAAGCAAAGAAGCCCUAUAUGGUGUCUUAGACCCCAACACCCGCGAAUGGACCGACGGUCUCUUUACUCACAUUCUUCGCAAAAUUAUCGAUAACGUUCGAGGUGAAAUCAAUAAACGACAAUGGAUUAUUUUCGAUGGUGAUGUCGAUCCUGAAUGGGUCGAAAAUCUCAACUCUGUUCUCGACGAUAACAAACUUCUGACUUUGCCAAAUGGCGAACGUCUGUCACUCCCUCCCAACGUGAGGGUCAUGUUCGAGGUACAAGACUUGAAAUACGCGACUUUGGCUACAGUUUCUCGUUGUGGCAUGGUGUGGUUCUCCGAGGAUGUGCUUUCGACUGAAAUGAUUUUCGAGAAUUACAUGCUGAGGCUUAAAAGUAUCCCAUUGGAGGAAGGAGAAGACGACAGUUUCGGGAAAAAAACUGAAAAUAAAGAUGAUUUGUUGUCGCCGACUCUUCAAGUGCAGGUCGACAUUGCGAAUAUACUCCAGUCUCAUUUGGCCCCUGAUGGUUUAGUCGUCCGGUGUUUGGAGUACGCAAUGGAACAAGAACAUAUCAUGGAUUUCACGCGCUUACGUGCUUUGAGCUCACUUUUCUCCAUGUUGAACCAAAGUGUCCGAAAUGUCCUACAAUACAACCAUUCCCAUUCCGAUUUUCCUCUCACCAACGAGCAACUCGAAAAAUACAUACCCAAAUGUUUGGUUUAUUCGCUUUUGUGGAGUUUCGCCGGCGAUGCUAAGCUAAAAGUGAGGUCAGAUUUGGGCGAUUUUAUCCGUUCGGUGACUACAGUACCGCUACCGCCAUCUAACAACAUGCCGAUUAUUGACUACGAGGUCAAUAUCGAAGGUGAAUGGUCGCCUUGGUCAAAUAAAGUGCCACAGAUUGAAGUUGAAACGCAUAAAGUCGCGUCACCUGAUAUUGUGGUACCAACUUUGGAUACGGUGCGACAUGAGUCGCUGUUGUACACCUGGUUGGCUGAACAUAAACCGAUUGUACUUUGUGGUCCCCCUGGAUCUGGUAAAACAAUGACUUUGUUUUCGGCUCUAAGAGCUCUUCCAGAUAUGGAAGUUGUUGGUUUGAAUUUUUCGUCAGCUACUACACCUGAAUUGCUUUUGAAGACGUUCGAUCACUAUUGCGAGUAUCGUAAAACACCCAAUGGUGUAGUUUUAUCGCCGGUACAAUUGGGCAAAUGGCUCGUCCUCUUCUGCGACGAAAUCAACUUACCCGACAUGGACAACUACGGCACUCAACGCGUAAUCAUGUUCCUCCGCCAAAUCGUCGAACAGAAAGGUUUCUAUCGCGCCUCGGACCAAACUUGGGUCUCCCUCGAACGCAUCCAAUUCGUCGGUGCUUGCAACCCUCCAACCGACCCGGGUCGUAAACCACUCUCCCACCGUUUCCUACGACACGUUCCCGUUAUUUACGUCGAUUAUCCUGGAGAAACAUCCCUCAAACAAAUCUACGGUACGUUUACUCGAGCUAUGCUGAGACUCACUCUCGGAUUGCGCGGUUACGCCGAACCGCUUACUAACGCGAUGGUAGAAUUCUACCUCGCGUCACAAGACAGAUUCACUCAGGAUAUGCAACCACACUACGUGUACUCACCUCGUGAGAUGACUCGUUGGGUGCGUGGUAUUUGCGAGGCUAUUAGGCCGCUAGAUCAUUUAAAUGUGGAAGGGUUGGUCAGACUUUGGGCCCAUGAGGCUUUGAGGUUGUUCCAAGAUCGGUUAGUAGAGGAAUCCGAGAGGAAGUGGACGAAUGAGAAUAUUGAUGCUGUUGCGUUAAAACAUUUCCCUUCAGCGAAUUGCGAGAAGGCUUUGGAGAGGCCGAUUUUGUACAGUAAUUGGUUGUCGAAGGAUUAUGUUCCUGUAGAUCGGGAACAAUUAAGAGAGUAUGUUAAAGCAAGGCUUAAAGUGUUCUAUGAGGAGGAGUUAGAUGUGCCUUUGGUUCUUUUUGAUGAAGUCCUAGAUCAUGUCUUGAGGAUUGAUCGGAUAUUCAGGCAGCCUCAAGGCCAUUUGUUACUUAUUGGAGUAUCAGGAGCUGGAAAAACAACCCUAUCGAGGUUUGUAGCCUGGAUGAACGGAUUGUCAAUUUUCCAAAUCAAAGUCCACAAUAAAUACACCGCUGAGGACUUUGAUGAAGAUUUAAGGUCAGUCUUGAGACGAAGUGGUUGCAAGGAUGAGAAAAUUGCAUUUAUUUUGGAUGAGUCAAAUAUGCUCGAUUCAAGCUUUUUGGAACGGAUGAAUACUCUUUUGGCCAAUGGUGAAGUUCCGGGAUUAUUUGAAGGGGACGAGUAUACCACUCUGAUGACCCAGUGUAAAGAAGGGGCGCAACGAGAAGGUUUAAUGCUUGACUCAAACGACGAGUUGUAUAAAUGGUUCACUCAACAAGUUAUGCGCAAUUUGCAUGUUGUUUUUACUAUGAAUCCUUCAACUGAUGGUUUGAAGGACAGAGCUGCCACUUCUCCCGCUCUGUUUAAUAGAUGUGUGUUGAACUGGUUCGGUGAUUGGUCAGAUGGUGCCCUUUUCCAAGUCGGUAAAGAGUUCACAAAUCGGGUCGAUUUGGAUAAACCCACAUGGAAAUCACCUGAUUUCUUCCCGGCGGCUUGUAGUCUCAUUUCUGCUACUCCCACACAUAGAGAAGCUGUCAUUAAUGCUUGCGUUUACGUUCACCAAACUCUCCACAAAGCCAAUGCUCGAUUGGCUAAACGUGGUAGUCGUACUAUGGCCAUAACACCCAGACACUACUUGGACUUCAUCCACCAUUUUGUCAAGUUGUAUAGAGAGAAACGAUCAGAUUUAGAAGAACAACAACUGCACUUGAAUGUGGGUCUCAGUAAGAUCGCCGAAACUGUCGAACAAGUCGAAGAGAUGCAGAAGAGUCUUGCCGUCAAGUCGCAAGAAUUACAAGCGAAAAAUGACGCCGCCAAUGCGAAGUUGCGUCAAAUGGUGAAGGACCAACAAGAAGCCGAAAAGAAGAAGGUUCAGAGUCAAGAAAUCCAGUUGCAGCUGAGUGAACAGACAGUCCAUAUCGAACAAAAACGUCAGGAAGUCAUGGCUGAUCUUGCACAAGUCGAACCUGCGGUCAUAGACGCCCAAAACGCCGUAAAGUCUAUCAAAAAACAACAAUUGGUCGAAAUCCGUACCAUGGCAAAUCCCCCUGCGGUGGUAAAGUUGGCCUUAGAAUCCAUUUGCUUGUUACUCGGUGAAAACGCAAGCGACUGGAAGUCUAUUCGAGCUGUCAUCAUGCGUGAUAACUUCAUCAAUACCGUAGUCAACAAUUUCAAUACAGAGGAUAUUAGUGACGACGUUCGCGAAAAAAUGAAAACACGUUAUCUCAACAACCCUGAUUACAAUUUUGAAAAAGUCAAUCACGCGAGUAACGCUUGCGGACCUUUAGUCAAGUGGGCCAAAGCACAAAUUUUAUACGCUGAUAUGUUAAAGAAAGUUGAGCCGCUACGUGAAGAGUUGAGUUCUUUAGAAAGACAAGCGGAAACCAAUCAAAAACGUGGCGAAGAAGUUAAAAACUUGAUCAGCCAAUUGGAACAAAGUAUUGCGUCUUAUAAGGAAGAAUACGCACAGUUGAUUGCACAAGCUCAGGCUAUUAAAACCGAUUUAGAAAACGUCCAAGCUAAAGUUGACCGGUCCAUAGCUCUAUUGAAGAGUUUAGUCAUUGAGAGGGAACGUUGGGAGGCCACUAGUGAAACGUUCAGGUCGCAAAUGUCUACAAUUAUCGGUGACGUUCUUUUAUCAGCUGCUUUCAUAGCUUAUGGGGGCUAUUUCGACCAGCAUUAUCGACAGAACUUGUUUAGCACGUGGUGUCAACAUUUGACUCAAGCUGCAAUCCAAUAUAGACCCGAUAUUGCCCGAACUGAGUACCUCUCGAACCCUGAUGAACGUCUAAGAUGGCAAGCGAAUGCUUUACCUUCGGACGAUCUCUGUACCGAAAACGCCAUCAUGUUGAAACGUUUCAACCGCUACCCUCUUAUCAUAGACCCUUCAGGACAAGCUACUGAAUACAUCAUGAACGAAUUCAAAGAUAAGAAAAUCACUAAAACGAGUUUCUUAGACGACUCAUUCCGCAAGAAUCUCGAGUCGGCUCUACGUUUCGGUAAUCCUCUCCUUGUUCAAGAUGUUGAAAAUUACGACCCAAUUCUCAACCCUGUACUCAACCGAGAGUUACGCCGGACUGGAGGCCGUGUCCUUAUUACUCUGGGCGAUCAAGAUAUUGAUCUGUCACCUUCGUUUGUUAUUUUCUUAUCGACACGUGACCCCACUGUCGAGUUUCCACCAGAUAUUUGCUCGAGAGUCACUUUUGUCAACUUCACUGUGACGAGAAGUUCGUUACAAAGUCAAUGUUUGAAUCAAGUACUCAAAGCUGAAAGACCCGAUAUUGAUGCUAAGAGGUCUGACUUGUUGAAAUUGCAAGGCGAGUUCCACUUGAGGUUGAGACAGUUGGAAAAGUCCCUUUUGCAGGCAUUGAACGAUGCUAAAGGGAAGAUUUUGGAUGAUGAUAGUGUGAUUACGACUUUGGAAACAUUGAAACAGGAAGCGGCUGAAAUCGGACAAAAGGUCGAAGAGACCGAUAAAGUGAUUUCUGAAAUUGAGACAGUGUCGCAACAGUAUUUGCCUCUAUCUCAGGCUUGUAGUAACACUUAUUUCACAAUGGAUAGUUUGAAUCAAGUGCAUUUCUUAUACCAGUAUUCCCUUCACAUGUUUUUGGACAUGUUUAGUAGUAUUUUGUACAGUAAUAGCCAUUUGGAGAACAUUUCCGAUUACCAAGCAAGACUCAACAUUAUUACAACUGACUUAUUCUCGGUUUGUUAUGAUCGAGUGGCUCGCGGAAUGUUACAUAAUGAUCGACUGACUUUUGCUAUCCUCCUUUGUCGCAUACACUUGAAAGGGGUACCAACAGAACCAAAUCUCGAUCAAGAAUUCAAUUUCUUCCUCCGGGGCAAAGAAGGCGUCUUUAAUAUGAGUACCGGCCCUUCAAUCGAAGGCCUCAAUAGCGAACAACAGGAAGCCAUGAUGAGACUCUCAUCCCGGCUUCCAUCCUUCAAAAAACUGGCUGAAAAAAUCAAGGAAAUGCCCGAAUUUGGGGCCUGGCUUCAGCAGAGCUCACCCGAACAGUGUGUACCCCGAUUGUGGAUCGAGGAACGUCAAUUGAGCCCCAUUGGGACCGCCAUGUACCAGCUUCUAGUAAUACAAGCAUUCCGUCCAGAUCGGGUUAUCGCAGCCGCUCAAUUCUUUGUGUCGGCUGUCUUAGGCGAAAACUUUAUGCCGAGUGCUGAAAAAGAGUUAGAUUUGGCUGAAUGUGUUGAAAAGGAGAUCAGAUCAAAUGUCCCAGCUUUGCUCUGUUCAGUCCCAGGCUUCGAUGCCUCGAGUCGUGUCGAUGACCUCGCCGCCGAACUCAAUAAACAGAUUUCGAGCAUCGCGAUUGGUUCAGCUGAAGGCUUCAACCAGGCUGAUCGGGCUAUAAACAUGGCGUGCAAGACCGGUAGAUGGGUCAUGUUGAAGAAUGUACAUUUAGCACCUCAAUGGUUGGUACAACUGGAAAAGAAAUUGCAUUCGUUACAGCCACAUGCUAACUUCCGUUUGUUCCUCACCAUGGAGAUAAAUCCGAAACUUCCGGUGAAUUUACUGCGGGCUGGCCGGAUUUUCGUCUUUGAACCACCGCCAGGCAUCAGGGCCAACCUCUUAAGGACUUUCAGUACUGUCCCGGCGAGUCGGAUGAUGAAGCCGCCGAAUGAGAGGGCAAGGUUGUACUUUUUGUUGGCUUGGUUCCAUGCGAUUGUCCAGGAGAGGUUGAGAUAUGCCCCGCUCGGUUGGGCGAAGUACUACGAGUUCAACGAGUCCGACUUGAGGGUUGCGUGUGACACGCUCGAUACGUGGAUCGAUGCUACAGCAAUGGGACGGACUAAUUUACCACCGAACAAAGUCCCAUGGGAUGCUCUGGUCACUUUAUUGUCCCAGUCGAUUUACGGUGGCAAGAUUGAUAACGAUUUCGACCAACGUUUGUUGCAUUCAUUUCUUAAUAAGCUGUUCACGCCAAAGAGUUUCGAGAGUGAUUUUGCUUUAGUGGCAAAUAUUGAUAAUGGUCCCAAUGGAAAUAGACACAUAACCAUGCCGGAUGGCACUAGAAGAGACCACUUUUUGAAAUGGAUUGAAAGUUUGGCUGAUCGGCAAACGCCGGCUUGGUUAGGUUUGCCAAAUAAUGCGGAGAAGGUGCUUUUGACGACUAGAGGUACAGAUUUGGUGAGCAAGUUGUUGAAAAUGCAACAGUUGGAGGAUGAUGAUGAACUUGCGUAUUCUGUGGAUGAGAUUUUGCCAACUGAUGCGGCACAAGUCGAUGGAAGGCCGUCAUGGAUGAAGACGUUGCACAAUUCAGCUGGAACUUGGUUGCAGUUGUUACCAACGUCAUUGCAGACUUUGAAACGAACAGUGGAGAAUAUCAAAGAUCCGUUGUAUAGGUACUUCGAAAGGGAGGUCAAUUCGGGGGCGAGAUUGCUGCAAGAUGUUAUACAUGACCUCAAGGACGUUGUGCUUAUCUGUCAAGGCGAGAAGAAACAAACGAAUUACCACCGGACAAUGCUUGGAGAACUCGUCAGAGGCAUUUUGCCCCGAAACUGGCGUCGUUACACUGUCCCUAGGGGUUGUACUGUUAUUCAAUGGAUUACCGAUUUCAGUCAGAGGGUCAAACAGUUGCAACAAGUAUCAAAAUUAGUUUCGACAUCCGGUGCUAAAGAAUUACAGAGUUUCCCAGUUUGGUUGGGUGGCUUGUUGAAUCCCGAAGCUUAUAUAACUGCGACCCGACAGUGUGUGGCUCAAGCUAACAGUUGGUCACUUGAAGAACUAUACCUUGAGGUCACUAUAACAGAUUCCAAUGAUCAAGCGUCGAUUCCGCACGAUUGUUUCGCGGUUACAGGAAUUAAACUACAAGGGGCCCAAUGUCGCAACAAUCAGCUACUACUUACUUCCAGUAUUAUGAUGGAAUUACCUAUUACUCUACUUCGUUGGAUUCGAACCUCCGGUGACGAAAAAAUUACAGCUAGUAAAUUAUCGUUGCCACUUUAUUUGAAUUCCACAAGAACCGAGCUAUUGUACACCGUGGACUUGAAUAUAGCCCCUGGUCAAGACUCCCACAGUUUCUACGAAAGAGGUGUCGCUUUACUCACAUCAACUUCGCUUAAUUAAAUUUUAAUUUUAAUCAUGCUUGAAAAUAUUUAAUUAUACUAAUAAUAAAGAGAAAAAAUUAUAAACAUA